AUGAGCAUCAUUGAUGACUACUCUAGGAAGGUGUGGGUUUUCUUAUUGAAAAGCAAAGAUCUGGCUUUUGAGACCUUUGUUAACUGGAAGAAAUUGAUUGAAAAUCAAACUAGUAGGAAGAUAAAGAAACUCAGAACUGAUAAUGGGUUAGAAUUUUGCUCUGAUAUGUUUACAAGUUAUUGUAGGAAAGAAGGCAUUGUCAGGCAUCACACAGUGGUCAAGAACCCUCAGCAAAAUGGCCUUGCUGAGAGAAUGAACAGAACCCUGUUGGAAAGGGUAAGGUGCAUGCUCAUAGGAGCUGGUUUGGCCAAGCAUUUUUGGGGUGAAGCUCUAAAAACUACUUGCUAUUUGAUAAAUAGAUGUCCCUCUACAGCAUUAAAUUUCAAAACUCCUCAAGAAUUCUGGACUGGCAAAGCACCUAGCUAUGAACAUCUCAAAGUCUUUGGUUGCACUGCCUAUGCUCACAUCAGGCAAGACAAGCUGCAACCAAGAGCACUUAAAUGCUUAUUUCUUGGCUACCUUGAUGGAAUCAAGGGCUACAAAAUCUGGUGUUUGGAGGAAGGGUACAAGAAAUGCAUAAUAAGCAGAGAUGUCAUCUUUAGAGAAGAUGAAAUGCCAUUGAAAACCACCAGAGAAAUCCCCAUGAGCUCAGAUGUUGUUCCUAGGAGUGUUCAAGUGGAACUUGAACAAAGAACUGAGUCUCUGAAUCAAGCUUCCACAGAUCAGAGAAAAGAAACUGAGACAACAAGCAACCUAGAUGACUACCAACUUGCCAAGGAUAGAACUAGGAGAGAAAUCAGGGCACCUGAGAAGUUUGGCUAUGCUGAUUUUUCAGCAUAUGCUCUGUCUGUCACAGAUGAAGUUGACAACACAGUGCCCAAAUCCUAUCAAGAAGCAGUGAAUCGCAAAGAUGGCAAGAAGUGGCUGCAGGCUAUUCGAGUUCUCUGUUGCGAAGCCUACAACUAUUCGAGUUACGUAACUCUUGCAGUGAAAAAAGGUUGGCCAAUAAGGCAGUUGGAUGUUAACAAUGCCUUUUUAAAUGGAGACCUACAUGAGGAGAUUUACAUGGUUCAACUGCCUGGAUGCAUUGAUCCAAAACAUCCAAACAAGAUCACCAAUUCAAGCUGGCUUUAUAUUCUUGUAUACGUGGAUGAUAUCUUGAUUACUGGUUCUGAUAGUGCUCAAGUGUCUUCCCUAAUUGUAGCACUCAGUUCCAACUUUACACUUAAAGACCUUGGUCUCAUCUCAUUUUUCUUGGGAAUACAAGUGCUUCCCACUACUGAAGGUGUCGUCUUAUCUCAACAAAAAUAUAUUCAGGAUCUGAUAUGUAAAGCUGAACUCCAAGGUGCCAAACCACAAAGUACCCAAAUGAAUAGUGGGCUGAGAUUGUCCAAUAAUUAUGGCAGCGACCCUGUUGAAGAUCCUUCUGCAUAUAGGUCAUUGAAUCCUUUUCAGUCACACGUUGUUGCUGUCAAAAGAAUUAUCCGUUAUCUUGCUGGCACAACAGACUACGGUCUUCAUAUAAAAAGAUCUCCACACUUGCGUCUUGAAGCAUACUGUGAUGCUGACUGGGCCGCUGAUCCCGAUGAUCGACGCUCGACUACUGGCUACUGCAUUUUCUGGGGUGAAAAUCUGAGUAGUUGGCAGUCCAAGAAACAGAACACUAUCUCUCGAUCAUCCACAGAAGAUGAAUUUCGAAGCCUUGCUUCUGUGGUGACUGAAAUAAGUUGGCUCAAUGCUCACUGA